AACUACAGAUUCGAUGACCGACAUCACGCAUCCAUCCGCGCAUAAAUGGAGGAGCACGACAUCAGAGACUCCCGAGCACUUAUUGGAGGUUGUACAGGAGCGGAUCCUUGCACUUCAAGCAGGGAAGACGUGCAGGACGUGCUUGACGAGAUGGAGGAGCGGCAGGGACGACGUGCAGGAGCGGUAGGCAGGGACGACGUGCCAGGGGAGAAGGUCGUGAUGACAUUGCGUGGGGAGGACCCUGAGAUCCGAAAGGGGAAGAGGCCGAUGGGGGAGACCGACCAGGCAGCGACCCGACCGGGGAAGAGGGUCCGCCAGUCCAAGAUUGACGAGGUCUACACUGCGGACAAGCAAUCGGUCUUCAACGACAAGUUUCUGCAGUGGAUUUAUGACUUUGGCAUUCCAUUCAACGCGCUCAGGAGGCAAUUGUGGAGGGAGGUCCGGAAGGCGGCGGAUCGGCUGCCUAGAGGAGUGCGGAUGCGAUUUCCUUCCUUUAAGGAAAUCGGUGGAGAUGGAGUGCCCGAGCAAGGGGCGAAGUUGGCGGCUUUAUUACGGGAGGUCCGAGAGUCGUUUAGUCAUAGCGGCGCCACCAUCUUGUCAGAUGGUCGGAAAUCUUGUGAUUCUCGACCCAUCGUGAACUUCCUUGCUGCGGGUGCCACUGGCACCCUACUCUACGCCACCAUUUGCCGCGACGGUUAUGUACAGGAGACGGGCGCCAUUGUCUUCCGCAAGUGGAAGGCCAUCAUUGAGUCCUUCCCUGCGAAGGACGUCAUAGCUUUCCUUACAGACUCCGCUAGUAACUACACAGCAACCGCCCGUUUGCUCGCCGCAGACCCCGCUCCAGUGAUUCGAGAUGGCAAGUUCUGGCGCUAUGUUGAGUUCUUGAUUUUUGUCAUGAAGUCCAUCCAUCAGCUGCUGAGGCGGAUGGACAGAGGAGGGAUGAUGAUGUCCAUCGUCUACGACUGGAGCCGUCAUCUUGUUCAGCUUCUGACGAAGCUGGACGUUGUGCCGGCCGAUCUUCUGACCCCGUGCGUGCGAGAGGUCAGGAUGCGGCUCAUGCACUUGUUGGAGCCCGCGCACGCUGCCGCUCAUCUCCUAAACCCCCGUCGCCGGUCUUUGAGGUACUACGCGUCCCUCCACACCACGACGGAGGAUGCGGAGGUUGUACAGGAGUGUGAUCGUUUUCUGCUUGCGCAGACUGGAGGUGAUUCGACCAGCAGGGAUUACCUCGUUGUUCGUGACCAGAGGUGCCGAUUCCAUGCACGCACUGGAGACUGGGGUGACAGGCUGGUGUCGGAUGCCAAGGUGGAGGGUUGCCAUGGGGAUCAGGAGACGCACCAUUGCGCGGCGUGGCAGCAGGGUGGUGGCUAUGUGCUUCCGUGGGUCAUGGAUGGUGUCGACACCGAGAGACGGUUGGCGGACGAGGACAAGGACGGCGGUGACCCCGAGCCUGACGUGUGGGGGGCCAGACCUGUUGGUACGUUCACCGACCGAGAGAUCAGGAGGCAGAUCGAUGUUUUUCGCAAGGACGACACAAGCCGUCCUCGAGAGGUUUCUGCCGUAUUCGGGGAUCGGGCGGCCACUGUGCUCCCUUUCGACCAUGUGCCUCCUCCCCCGUCCCGGGGAGCAGGAGAGGGUUCCGCGGCAGCCGCUGAGGACGGAGAGGACGAUUGGACGGACGCAGAGGAUGUGGCGGGGGGCACAGAUAGGACGGCGGAGCAGGUGUACUUCACGUACGGGGGCGGGUCGGACGGGCAUGCGCCGCGGAAGUCUGUCAUCACGGACGAUGUCGUCGGCGGGGCACAGGGUAGCGCCACUCGACACCCUCCGCGGGUCGAGGUCGUGGCGUCUUUGCUCGCGACAGUCCAUGACAUACCGGAUUACAGUACGGAUGUGAGGGAGAGGGAGGAGACUGUUGAGGAUAGGGAUGCUCGCCUGGAUCGCGAGGAGGAGGCAUGGUUACAGUCGAUGCCUCGAUGGGAGGGCAGAGAGGCAUAUGAGGCCGAGCAGCAGUGGCAGAGGGAGUUAGAGACGAUAGGAGCGGGUCCACCAUCGAGCGUCGGACGUAUGCCGACUUCUGACACGAUGCAGCCCCCCUCUGGGCCCUCUCAUGUUGUGGGUGGUGGUGCUGACACAUGCGGAUUCUCCGCUGGAGGCGGGGGGAAGGCAGAUGUGUCAUGCGAGGGUGGUCAUGUCAGGGGUGUCGAGACAGUCAGGGCAGACACAGGAGCGGAGAGCUCCGACGACGGUGAGGAGUGUGCGGACGCUGAGGCUAUCGUAGGCGACGAGUUGGUGGACGAGGGGAGUGUUCCUUUGCCUCGGGAGGAGUUGGUGGACGAGGGGAGUGUUCCUUUGCCUCAGGAGGAGUUGGUGGAUGAGGGGAGUGUUCCUUUGCCUCAGGAGGAGUUGGUGGACGAGGGGAGUGUUCCUUUGCCUCAGGAGGAGUUGGACGAGGGCGAUUUGGCUUUGCCUGAGGAGGAGUUGGUGGACGAGGGCAGUGUCCCUUUGGAGGGCAGUGUGCCUUUCGAGGCUUUCGUUGAUGGCGCGACGGAGGAUGACGAGGAGGGAGUAGCGGUCGACGCAGGCCACAGUGCCCCGUCCGUGCGAGAUGGCGUGACUGGAGGGCAUGAUGUUGAGGAGGAGGGAGCAGCCAUCGACAAGUCCCUCGCGAUUAUUGUUAGGCCCCCGUCGGUGCGAGAUAUCGAGAGAGGAGGGCAUAUUGACUCGGGCGGGCCGGGCUCUUUCUCCACAGGUGGGCAUUUCGGGGAGAUGCCUCAGUGGGAUGGCAGGGAACCGGGGGAGUGCACUCCGACCCCAUUACAUCCGGAGCAGCUAGAGAGGUUGGGGACGGAGGACCCUUUCCCGUUCACCGGUGGUCAGCCCUCGCCUCCCCCGUGGGCUCCAGUGAGCCCUAUGUGGACUGGAUCAUUGCAGUCCAACAUCCGCGAGCGCGAGUCUUUGGAGAGACAGGCGGCAGUGUUUUCAGGCGGGCCUGGCAGCAGCCAUGCGCAGCCACAGACGCGCCCUGUAUCUCGAGCAUCGCAGCAGGGAUCAGCACCGGCUGCAGGUCUUCCACCGAUUGGAGGUCGAGGCAGCGGGCGGGGAUCUUCUCCGAGUCAUCGUGGUGGCGUUUUAGGGGGGUGGUCGUCUUGUCGGCGAGUGACGGACAGUCUGAGGAGGGACUAUGAUAGAGGACGGGGGCUGAGCGAAGGUGUAGCGGGUGAGCGAUUUGCGGAGAUGAAUGGCGGCAGCUGCGGCCACGGUCUGCAGGAGGAAGAGAUGGAGGCGGUGGUGAUGGCGGUGUCUACCGUCGUCCUGAAGACGAUAAACGAGAUGUCGUCGUCGUCACGAGACGUGGCGAAGCAGCUCCGUAAACGACGAGCGUUGUUGCAGAGCGUUGGCGAAGCGGCGGAUUGCGUGGCGACGUGUGAGGCAGUGGUCUACUUCUGUGUCGCGCUGUCGUCUGGCAUUUUUCCCUGGCAGACCCCGCGAUGGUGGAUUAAACGACGUACUGGCGGAACAUGGGAGGACCUCCGGCAGUGCGAUGACGCCACGGACGAGUACUACCACCAAAAGUUGCGCAUGUCGAUGGCCAUGUUCAAGCAGAUCGUAGUUGCUCUCGCCUCGUUUGUGGAAAAGAAGGUCACGCACUACAGGACGCCAUUGCCAGCGGAGCAGGUUAUCGCUUUCGCGUUGUACAGGUGGGCGUCCGGGGAGACGUACGAGAGUGGCAACUCAGCCUUCGGCAUCGGCAGGGUCACUGGACUGCAGGCCGUCCGCGACGUCACUUCGGCGCUGUUGCGGGCGUACCCCGAUGCCAUCAAGUGGCCAGUGGGCCGCAGACGUGCGCAGAUUCUCCGCGCUUUUCGUGACAAGGGAUUCUUGAACUGCUUCGGCGCCAUCAACUGCACACACAUCUACAUCGACAAGCCCGCCGGCGCACCUUCCACCACCUACUACGACCGCAACCACAAGUUCUUCGUGCAGGCGCAGGUCGUCGUGGAUUUGGAUCUCCGGAUCCUCGACGUCCACGUCGGAUACCCGGGGAGUGUGCACGGCGUCCGCGUCCUGCACAAUUCCCAUCUCUGGAGGCGCGCUGUCGGAAGACAGUGCAGCGCAGCAGUGGAAAAUGACUCGCCGCGGUCAAACCCCAUGCUGCAUCAAAAUCGCGCCUAGGGACGUCCACGGUCAUGGUCAAACUGGACCCUAACACAUCGAUUAGAUUUUCCCUAGGCCGAGAUCAAAGAAAAGACGG